AUGAAAGAUAAAGAAACUGCACCAGGAGAUGGUAUUAGAUCCCUAAAAACAUCCAGAGUGUUUAGAAUCAUAAAUUUUGAACUGUAUUCAAAACCGGUAAUAAAUUUCUUGCUUUCAAUUAAUUAUUUAUAUUUUUAAAUCAUGGUGAUUAAAAAUACAUGACGCCAUUACUUUGUCACGGCGUCACAAUGACUGGAUGAUAUACUGUGGUAACGACAUGCAGUCACUAACGAUUAAUGUUUAUAAUAAUAACUAUACAUAAUCCAUUAGCUAUAAAAGAGACCAGAAUUUUUUUACCAAAUAGCUAAAAAUAUUGGUCACAAGGCACCUUUAAAAGUAACAGUGACCUUUAAGUUGCUGUCACCAUUGUCACAAUGACAUAUUUUUGUCAUUGGUUCGCAUUACUAUUUUUACUAUUUUUAAACACUGAAAAUUGUCUGGUCAAUAUUUGGUCAUUUCCCCCCUCCACUCCACCCCAUUUAUAAAUUUAAACAGACUACCCUCAAUUGUUUUCCAAGUUAAAAUUAUAUUUCAUUGCAAUAGUGAAAUUGAGAUAUAGUUUAGUCUUUUGAUAAAGAUAAAAAUAAACAAUAAGUUACAGGUGGUAGUUUGUGUCAAAUUUAUUUAUCAACUCGCAAGUUAUAAAUGCAUUGUGGAUCACAAUUUGUUUUUGUUCGUCUCAUUGCUCUGUGAUAUAUUACAGCUUUAUACACUAAUUUAUAAUUUGACAUUGCAGUCUUUAACUGUGUUUUAAAUUUUAGUUUUUGAAAAUAUGAACUUCCAUAGGUACUAGUUACGAGAAUGUCUACAUUGUGGCUUGAGUAUAGUAUAAGGAUACAAAUUUUCUAUAAUAAUGAAAUAAUAUUAUUAUAAUUUACUGCUGGAAAAGACUGAAGAAAAUUGUUCGAGAUUUAUCUGUUUACAUACAAAUAUAAAUAUAUUUAAUCUAUGGUACCUAUAUCUAAUGAGUCAUUAGUCAUUAGUAAUGACUAUUACUUCUUGGCGCAUACAAUAUAAAAUCAUUUUUUCGUCAAAUAAUUAUUAAAUGUUAAAUUGUUGUAGUCAGAACUAUUUAAAAUUAUUUGGUUAAAAUCCAAUGUAAACAAAUAUUAUUGAAGUAUUAUGAUGUUUAGAAUAGUUGUAUGACGUCAUUGAGCCAGUCUUGCUAUAAUUGAAUAUCUUAGCAUGAAAAAAUUGCUCACUUUACACAAUGAUUAACCAACAUAAAUUUUUUAUUUUUGAUAGUUGAUUUGAGUAAAAUGUGUGAUCGAAGUAUCAGAAUUUGAUCACACUCUUGUAGUCGCGAUGCCAUGUCGUGUGUUGCGAGAUGUAUGUAACAAAAAUUAUUUUUAUAAUAUUUAAAAUUUUUAAAAACAACUGGCCAUUGGAAAAAUUCUAGUUUCACAGACGUCUUCAGUGUAUAAAAACACAAUACAUAUAUACAAAAAAAACUUCAAAAAUAGUUAAAUAAAUGUGUGAAGCGAGCAAGUUUUACACGUAUAAUGUAGACAAUUACAGCCAGUCUGGCCCAAUUAUGUCGCACAUCUUUUUUAUAACUCAUUAAAUAUUGUGAGUAAAGACUAUACCAUUUUGCUUAGAGUUAGAAAUUCUUUCAAAUUAAAAAAAAAAACUUGGUUUUGUGUUUUGUGCUAUUUUAAACAUAUAUUCAUAUAUUUUUUACAACCAAUUUUUUGAAAUUGGUAUUGUAGUUAGAACUACUACUUACUAUAUAGGUACUUAGAUAACUAAUUAAUUGAAUUUUAUGUAAAUGAAGUAGUUAAGUAACUGAAAAAAAUUGACUUUGUUUCUUAAUUAUGUGUAUAGUAAUAUUCAGUUAUAUGCUAACAAAUUUAAAUGCUGAAGGUUGAAACUGGAAUCCAAUUGGUACGAUUUGUGGCCACAAGAUAAAGUGGCAGUUAGAUUUUAAUAGUGUUUAUAAAGAAAAGCACUAAAAAAUAAUUGUCAUUUAUAAUACAAAUUGUAUUAUUUUGUUAAUAUUUUAAAUUGACAUUGAUUUGAUAAUAAUGAACAUUUAAAGAAAAAUCAUUUUAUUAAUGUAAUAAGCAAUUGUUAAAUAUUAUAAACAAAAUGAAGUAAAGAAAUAAAAAUGAUUUUUUUUUUAAUAACUUUUAUCUAAUAUUUGUAUGGAUUUUUUUUUGUCUGUCUACUCUUUAUACACAUAUAUUUGUAUGAAAUAAAAUAAAUAAUUUUUAAAAUAAGUAACAAAUAAUUUAUAUACCUACCUCCCUAAUGUUGAUAUUAAUUAAAAUAAUUUGUAUUUUUUCAGAAUAAAGUAAUCAUGGCAUUGGGCCUUGUAUCAGUAUCAUUUACAUUUGGAUAUUUAGUUUAUAUGAGACAUCAAUAUGAAAAAAUGGGAUACUAUCCAGCUGUUGCUGAAGAUGGCCUCCAUGAAGUAUACAAGCAAAAACAAUCCAAAUGGGAUUAA